AAAAAACAAAAAGAAGAUAAAAAAUAUCAGGGUUGGUUUGGUGGUGUAUAUGGUUGCCGCUGAUACGGCGUAGUCUCUUCCAUUCCUCUCCAUUACCACCGUAAACCCUAAUUUGAAAAAUCCCCUAAAAAUCUUUUUUUUUUUCCUGUUCCACUCAUAUACAGUAACAUCAUCAAAGUCUCUGUCUCUCUCUUUCUCUAAUCGCGCUGGUGCAGGGAGCUCGCUGAUUUUGGUCUCUAGUUCUCUUUGCUUGUGAACAAAAUUUGCUUUGUUCUCCUCAAAUUAUUCUCAGACACUGAAUUGAACUUUGUUUUUGCUCUUUUACUACAGAUAUACAUCGAAACUAAGUUUCAUCAGCUGUCAACCUCAUGGCUGGAUUGUUGCUUGGUGAUAUCUCUCAACAUGGAACAAAUCAAGGUGUUUCUCAAAGAUACUCCCAAGAGAAGCCAGAGGAUGGUUCAAGAUGGUACUUUUCUAGGAAGGAGAUUGAAGAAAAUUCACCAUCCAAACUAGAUGGCAUAGAUUUGAAGAAAGAAACAUACCUACGCAAAUCGUACUGUACAUUUCUGCAAGACUUAGGCAUGAGACUUAAAGUACCUCAGGUAACUAUUGCAACAGCAAUAAUUUUUUGUCACCGAUUCUUUCUUCGGCAGUCCCAUGUGAAAAAUGACAGGAGGACCAUUGCAACGGUAUGCAUGUUCCUUGCUGGGAAAGUUGAAGAAACUCCUCGCCCACUAAAAGAUGUAAUUCUUGUUUCAUAUGAAAUUAUACAUAAGAAGGAUCCAGCGGCAGUACAGAGAAUAAAACAAAAGGAAGUGUAUGAACAGCAGAAAGAACUAAUUUUGCUUGGAGAGAGAGUUGUUCUUGCAACUCUUGGCUUUGAUCUUAAUGUGCAUCAUCCUUAUAAGCCUCUUGUUGAGGCAAUAAAGAAAUUCAAAGUUGCUCAAAAUGCCCUUGCUCAAGUUGCAUGGAACUUUGUAAAUGAUGGACUUCGGACAUCACUUUGCUUGCAAUUUAAGCCUCAUCACAUUGCAGCUGGAGCCAUAUUUCUUGCUGCCAAGUUUCUCAAGGUGAAGCUCCCAUCCGAUGGGGAGAAGGUCUGGUGGCAAGAGUUUGAUGUCACCCCACGGCAAUUGGAGGAAGUGAGUAAUCAAAUGUUAGAGCUGUACGAACAAAAUCGAAUGCCACCUUCCAAUGAUGUUGAAGGCACUGCAGGAGGUGGCACCUUCAAUCGAUCCACUGUGAAAGCUCCAGCUAGUAAUGAUGAAACUGCAGCCACAAACAGUAAUUCCCAGACUGGAGCCACAAGUUCAAGACUUGAAACGUCAAAGCCUGCAUCUUCUAAGUCUGUGUUUGAUUCAUCUGUCGCAAAUCAUGUUGGGCGCCCUAUCUCAAAUCAUGUUAAAAGUGGUGAUUAUGGAAGCAUAGAAAUGAAACACAGGGUGGAAGAUGAUGCCAAAGGCAAUCAACAUACUGAAUGGGAGUCUCUACCAUACAAGGAAAGCUUACAUGAAGCUCAAGACAUGGUGAAAGCCCGAUCUGAUAAUGGUGAAAAAGAGCAUGAAAACAAUGUUGGCAGAAUUGAAACAAAAGAACCAACUGAAUUGAAAGAUAAACAUAGUAGCAGAAACCUAGAUCACAGAGAUAGUGUAUUUGGCCGGCCUCCUCAAGAAGCCAUUAAGAAAAUUGAUAGAGACAAGGUAAAGGCUGCUUUAGAAAAACGAAGGAAAGCAGCUGGUCACGUAACUAAGAAAACAGAUGUCAUGGAUGAUGAUGAUCUCAUUGAGAGGGAACUGGAAGAUGGAAUCGAACUGGGUCCUCAGAGUGAGAAGAAUAAACAAGACAAGAAGCAAAGCUGGUGUAAGCCCUCAGACAGAUCAGAUUAUGACAUGCAUGGGAGACUUCCAGAUCAUGCUGAUGAGCAACUUCAUGGAGUAAAGGGAUCGUCAUCAUAUGAACCGGAUCUAAGUGCUGUUGAAGAAGGAGAGGUAUCAGCACUUGAUGACUUUGGCGCAGGGCUUCCAUCACCCAAGUCGAGCAAUCGUAAGAGAAGAGCUGGAAACUCACCUGAAAGAGGGAUGGAGGGGAAGCAACGGCAUAACUAUGGUCCUGGACCUCACCACAAUAAUCGUUUUGACUAUGUUGAUGAUCGAAACAAGGUCAGUCGGCUAGGCCAUCCUGAGAGGGACAGCAAAAGGCAUGCUCAGGAAAACCAUGUUUGAUCAUUGUGUAUCAUGGCUAUGUGUGGACUCGGAUAUUGUUCUGAAAUACUUGGCAUACACAUACUCCUUACCAAUGAUCAUGGAUGAUUCCAAUUCUGAUAUGAUGCAGCCAUCUUUUCUGCCAUUAGAGCUGUCAGGUCACAGGAAUUCUAUUUGUUUGAAGGACUUUAAACACAUUCAAUUUUGUUGGAAGGAACAAUUUCAUUUCCUCAGUUUAUGGGCAUAUGGGAAAAAUUGUAUGAUAGAGGAGUGUUACAUAGAUUAUAAUAUAGUUGGACUUGUAAUGGAAGGUCCAUUUUCCCACAAGAUCAUCCAUGUUUUUUCUUAUCAUCCCAGUGAAAUAAUAGUAGUAUUGAUGAUGAUAAAAUCGGAGUGCUUAGUAGAGGUGGAAGAUUGUUAGUGUCAUGUCCUGUUGCUAGGACUAGGAGCGCUUGUCUGGUAUGUUUGUAAUGCACUUUGAAGUGAACAUUUGUUUAAAUAACUUUGAUGAAGAAAGUGAUAUUAAUCAUUUGUAGCUUUCCACAUUAGUGUGGUAGCACGAUUCCGUGGUUAUGAAAUUCUGACUAUUGCAAGGGGCU